UGCUGGUCACCGCCCGGAAGGAAUGGGGAGUUGGUGGCUUGGGACGUCUGACAGAGAAGACCAGCUCACCCUGCUGCCCAGGCUCACAAGCUGGACCUGAGAUACAUUACCUCUCCACCCCAACUGCUGAUGGCUUUGGAGCUCCAGCAAGAUCAGGGAUGCUGUUAUGGAAUGCUGGAGAGCAGGCAAGCAUGAGGAGACAAGUUGUCCAUCAAUCACCCCAGGGAGCAGGGGCUCUAGGAGUCAGCUGUGGGCUGAGACCCCCAGGGACCCUGGUCUUUCCUUCGCCUCUAUCCAGUGCCCCUAGACACACCAGGCAAUGCACUGCACACCUUCGUGGGGCACCAUUCACAGAGAUGACACUGUUCAGCACGGCAGCCCUGUUGGAGACUCGAUUCCUGUCUCCUUUGGAUGCUCCAGACCCUGACGAGCCUUCUUCUGGAGAACAUGACACCAGAUGUGGGUGCCAGCCCUGAGCGUUUGGGAGACUUCAGCCUGAUGCAUCACUGUAAGCGAUACCGCUCCCCUGAGCCAGACCCGUACCUGAGCUACCGAUGGAAGAGGAGGAGGUCUUACAGUCGCGAACAUGAAGGGAGACUUCGAUACCCGUCUCGAAGGGAGCCUCCGCCCCGGAGGUCUCGGUCCAGAAGCCAUGACCGCCUGCCCUACCAGAGGCGAUACCGGGAGCGCCGUGACAGUGACACGUACCGGUGUGAAGAGCGGAGCCCAUCCUUUGGAGAGGACUGCUACGGAUCUUCACGUUCCCAUCAUCGUCGGCGGUCACGGGAGAGGGAGCCAUACCGGGCCCGCAAACAUGCCCACCACUGCCACAAACGCCGCACUAGGUCUUGUAGCAGCGCCUCCUCGAGAAGCCAACAGAGCAGUAAGCGCAGCAGCCGGAGUGUGGAAGAUGACAAGGAGGGCCACCUGGUGUGCCGGAUCGGCGAUUGGCUCCAAGAGCGAUAUGAGAUUGUGGGGAACCUGGGCGAAGGCACCUUUGGCAAGGUGGUGGAGUGCUUGGACCAUGCCAGAGGGAAGUCUCAGGUCGCCCUGAAGAUCAUCCGCAAUGUGGGCAAGUACCGGGAGGCCGCCCGACUAGAAAUCAACGUCCUCAAAAAAAUCAAGGAGAAGGACAAGGAGAACAAGUUCCUGUGUGUCUUGAUGUCCGACUGGUUCAACUUCCACGGUCACAUGUGCAUCGCCUUUGAGCUCCUGGGCAAGAACACUUUUGAGUUCCUGAAGGAGAAUAACUUCCAGCCUUACCCCCUGCCACACGUCCGGCACAUGGCCUACCAGCUCUGCCACGCCCUUAGAUUUCUCCAUGAGAACCAGCUGACCCACACAGACUUGAAGCCAGAGAAUAUCCUGUUUGUGAAUUCUGAGUUUGAAACCCUCUACAAUGAGCACAAGAGCUGUGAGGAGAAGUCGGUGAAGAACACCAGCAUCCGAGUGGCUGACUUUGGCAGUGCCACCUUUGACCAUGAGCAUCACACGACCAUUGUUGCCACCCGUCACUACCGUCCACCUGAGGUGAUCCUUGAGCUAGGCUGGGCACAGCCCUGCGAUGUCUGGAGCAUUGGCUGCAUUCUCUUCGAGUACUACCGGGGCUUCACGCUCUUCCAGACCCAUGAAAACCGAGAGCAUUUGGUGAUGAUGGAGAAAAUCCUGGGGCCCAUCCCAUCACACAUGAUCCACCGAACCAGGAAGCAGAAAUAUUUCUACAAAGGGGGCCUGGUUUGGGAUGAGAACAGCUCUGAUGGCCGAUAUGUGAAGGAGAACUGCAAACCUCUCAAGAGUUACAUGCUCCAGGACUCCACGGAGCACGUGCAGCUGUUUGACCUGAUGCGGAGGAUGCUAGAAUUUGACCCUGCCCAGCGCAUCACACUGGCCGAGGCCCUGCUGCACCCCUUCUUCGCUGGCCUGACCCCCGAGGAACGGUCCUUCCACAGCAGCCGCAACCCCAGCAGAUGACAGGCACAGCCACUGCGGCGAGGAGGGCAGGCCUGGGCUGCCGGGCCCCUGGCUCCAGCCUCACCACCGGGCCCCAGGGCCCCAGCCACCAGUGAACAGUGCAAUGUGAAGGAAAGAAGGAAGGCAGGACCUGCGGGGAGACCUGACGCCCAGCUGCCAGGAAGCACAGAUUUGACCCCAGCUAUUUAUAUGUUGUAAAGUUAUAAUAAAGUGUUUCUUACUGUUUGUAACCCCUGGUACCAGUGUGUCCGUCUCCAGGCUCCUUGCCUUCUCCCUUCCCUACUUUACUAAUAAAGUCUUUCUUAGCA